CCCCUCCAAGGGAAGGGCGUGUCCAAGAUGGCGGAAGAUUCGGCUGGAGAUUCUUCUUCUCAGCUACGCGAAGAAGUCCAGGAACUGUCUCUCCACGAGGAAGACUACCCCUUCGAGGGGAUAGUGGACGCGGAGUGCGAAGACGAAGAGAUCGACGCUGCCUUGGUGGCACCGCCGGAGUCAGAUUGGUACCAUGGCAGACUGGGGCGUGUGUCAGCGGAGGAGAGGUUACGUCGUGCGGGGAAGCUCAGCGGUUACCUGAUCAGGGAGAGCGAGCGCAAACCCGGCUCCUACGUCCUCUCGUACUUUGGAGUCAGGGGGCCCGACCACUUCAGGAUAAUAGCCAUGUGUGGAGACUUCUACAUCGGUGGUCGCCAGUUUGACUCCCUGUCUGACCUGAUCGGUUACUACACCAACUGGUCCUGCAUCCUGAAGGACGAGAAACUCAUGUAUCCUGUGCCUCCGCCUGAGCCGGUACAGAGCCGGAGACUAGUACGUGCCAUCCUACCCUACACACGAGUGCCUGACACAGACGAACUCAGUUUUGAGAAGGGAGAUGUAUUCAUGGUUCAUAACACGAUGGACGGAGGCUGGCUGUGGGUCACGUCACAACGCACCAAUGAGAGCGGACUAGUCAUCAGAGACCUCGUAGAGGAACUGGAUUUUUAUGCUGAUCCACAUGAAGGAAAGGAGUGGUUUCAUGGCACCAUCACAAAAGAGAAAGCGGCAGAGCUGUUGUCAGAUGCGCCGGACUCGGCGUUCCUGAUCCGCCCCAGCGACUCCUCCCCGGGGGACUACUCGCUGUUCUUCCGCAGCAACAACCUGAUCCAGCGAUUCCGCAUCACGCGGCAGAACCACGAGCAGUUCGAGAUGGGCGGACACUACUAUGCAACUCUUGACGACAUCAUUAAACACUACAAGACAGAGCAGAUUGUGGAAGGGUACACACUGGGGGAGCCUGUCCCAAACAAGAGAAGCAGGCUGAACUCGCUGAAUGAUGAGGACAUCUACCAGAGCGUGCGGGCGCGGUCUACAGGGUCCUGUAUCAUCACACAGCCCAGCGACACCAUCGUCAAGAAGGGGUACCUCAGCAAAAAAGGUCAUCGUAGCAAAAAGUGGAAGAAUUUGUUUUUCAUUUUGAACGGCACUGAGCAGCAUGUCUACUACUUUGAGAAUGAGAAGAGAACAAAACCAAAGGGUCUGAUUGACUUGAACUAUGCUUCAAUUUACCCUGUCCACGAGAGUCUGUUUGGAAGACCAAACUGCUUCCAGACAGUUGUACGAGCUCUGAACGACAUCACGACAACCUACCUGUGUGCCGACACCGCAGAACUGGCAAAGGAAUGGAUCCUGGCGAUGCGUCAGUUCUCCACCCAGCCCAGCAACAAGCAGUCUCCCCUGAACGCCAAGCGUGUGAAGCAGCUGCGCAGCCUGAGCGUGAACGUCCUGGACGCGCGGAACCUCCCCGUGAAGCACCUACCUCAUCCGUACUGCGUGCUGUCCCUGCACGACGUCCACGCCGCCAGGACACAGAUGCGCGAGGGACCCAACCCGCUCUGGUCCGAGGAGUUCGUGUUCGAGGACCUCCCAAGAGAGGUGGAGUCCUUCACACUUCUGCUGUGCAGUCGAGCCAGAAGGUCCAAAGAUGCUGUUGUCGACCAGUUACUGGUGGCGGCCAGUGUGAUCUUGGUUCCCAGUGCCGUAGAGAAUCUAGGUGUCAGAGCCUCCGUCUUUGUGCCUUUGAGUAAGCUCCCCAACGGUCAGUACGUGGAUGAGUGGUACCCGGUCAUCCCAGAGUCCCCCUACAAGGGAGACAUGGGGUCCAUCAGAAUACGGGCACACUACCGGUCACAACUGGUGCUGCCACUGGAGGAGUACGCAGGACUCAAACAGCUGAUAGUAUCCAAAGAGUUCCACACCAUCUAUGCACUGGAUAAGGUGUGUGCGCGGGACAGGUCUCUCCUGGCCAGCGCUCUGCUGCGGGUGUUCAGGCAGGAGAAGAAUGAGGCUGUCCUCUUACAAACUCUCACAACAAAGGAGAUUGCUAACGAAGACGAGAGUGCGACCCUGUUCCGUGCGACCACCCUGGCCUCCACACUGAUGGACCAGUACAUGAAGAUGACAGCUGUGCCCUUCCUGCACCAGGCCGUGAAGGAGGUCAUCACCAAGAUAGCAGACAGUAAACAGUCUUGUGAGCUGAAUCCCACCAAGCUGGAGAAGGGUGCAGAUGUGAACUCUAACCUGGAGACUCUGCUCAGUUUCCUGACAGAGGCGGUGGAGGCCAUCUUUAAAGCCACUGAGAGCUGUCCAAGUACUCUGAGGUACAUCUUCGGCUGCCUGCAGAGAGAGGUGCUGAAGAAAUGGCCUGAUGACACCACCAUGCGCACCAGAGUCGUCAGUGGGUUCAUCUUCCUGAGACUGAUCUGUCCAGCUAUCCUGAAUCCCAGGCAGUUUAACCUCUUAGCAGAGUCUCCCACCCCCACCGCUGCCAGGACUCUCACCAUGGUAGCCAAGUCACUGCAGAAUCUUGCAAAUCUUGUGGAGUUUGGUGCAAAAGAACCGUACAUGGAAGCAGUGAACCCCUUUAUUGUGAAAAACAAGGAGAGGAUGAUCAUGUUCCUGGAUGAGCUGGCGAAUGUCCCAUCCUACCCAGAAGUAGCGGAGAAGGUGAAAUCUGACCCCUCCCAGGACCUGGCAACCCUGCAUCAGAUCUGUCUGUCUCACCUGACGGAACUACAAACCCUCAGUACCACACAGAGCCAUUUGAAGAAGUUGCUGGCAGUAACCGAGCACCUCAGCAACAGACAACAACAGUACAUGGGUACCGUCAAGCGAUGACAGUACCAGUAGCUGCAGUACCAUCGCAGUACCUGCUAGGAGGCAGUUCUUACCCACACACGGAAAGACUGAUGAAAAUUGCCAAGUGCAUUUGGGCUGGGGCAGGGACAGGCAUGGUAGGCAUACAUGGACAUGCCCCCAGGCCUUUGCCAACAGAGCCUUACAGGUGAAAAAGGAAUUGUGCAUACAUAACUCAAGCGUGAAACAAACUAGAAUUCUUACAGGUUUUAGAUACAACUGUGAAAAUGUAUCUCGGAGAACAUACUUGGGUCAUGUUUUCAGAAAAUAGUAAGAGGCGGAGUAACAACAUGUUACAUACCGUGAAAGCAGGCAUAAAAAAUCCAGGACCUGACAACAUACAUGUAACUACUGGUAAUAUGGUUCCAUAGUAUCAAAACCAGCAAAUGUGUAUCACAAAUUGCUUACAGUAAUCAGGAGAUUAUAAGAACCAGUAUCAGUCUAAAAUCUUUGCGUAGAUGUACUUGAACAGAUUACAUGUACUUGGCAUGGGAUCCUUACCACCAGGGUUAGGUACCACAGAUUUUUGCAGUACAUCAGCCGUGAAUGUACCAGACUCAAGACAGUGUUGUGCAAUUACUCAAAUGAUUGUAAUGAUAUGUGCAGGCUUACAUACAGGGUCCAAUGGUGGCCUGGUGCAAAAGAUAGGUAACCGCCAAAGGUAUGCCAAGGCAUUGAGAGCUUUGAAAAGCCAUGACUAAAUACAUUAAUAUUACUUUAUUACUGUUGAGAUUAUCUAUAUUACUGGCAGAUCAAUGAUAACAACUUUUGUUCAUAGUAUUUCUAGUGAUAUUCAGAUACCUUUUGUGUAAGUAAAGUAGUAGUUAUUUGCUAAAAUGAAGGCAGUAUCAAGUUAUUAACAUACAAAUAUUUUGAAAUUGAGAGAAUUUUCAAGCAAACAGAAUCUAAAUGUAUCUCAAACAAAUUUUAAGUGUAUUGAAUUUCCUGACUUUUGAAUGUCUUAAC